AUACUUGCUGUUUCGUUCUGCACUACACUGAGCCACAGCAACGAAAUCUCGUUCUAAUGUGUAUUGUUUGAUGCAAAUCUGAAUGAAAAUAAAGUCUAUUUAAAAUGAAGCAGAGAACAGGAAACUGCAGACACGAGUAACAUCAGUAAUACUUAACCGUUUCUAUAUGAAAGCUGUGUGAGAAAGAAACGCUUCAGAUGGUGGUAAUAGAAAUAUAAGACUAGAAUGAAUUAUCUAUAAAAUUCUUCCAUCAGUGCUGUGAAUAUAAAACGGCGGGAAGGGAGACAAAGCGAGGCGGAGGGGAAGGAAGUGGGCGGAGCGGUAGGAGGCGCCCCGUAUGAGGAGGUUUGGAACUCUGGCCAAUAAAAUAUGUUCCUGCCUCGUGUCUAAUUACACUGCGGACCUGUAAAUAGAGCGGCCGCGAGGCGGGCCUUAUUCAUUCUCUUACAGUUUAGCCGAGGAGCAGCGCCAUGCCCGAGCCACCUAAAAGCGCGCCCAAGAAGGGCUCCAAGAAAGCCGUGACCAAGGCGGCUGGUAAAGGAGGCAAGAAGCGCAGAAAGUCCAGGAAGGAGAGCUACGCUAUCUACGUGUACAAGGUCCUGAAGCAGGUUCAUCCUGACACCGGCAUCUCGUCUAAGGCUAUGGGCAUCAUGAACUCCUUCGUCAAUGACAUUUUCGAGCGUAUCGCCGGUGAGUCCUCUCGUCUGGCUCACUACAACAAGCGCUCCACCAUCACCUCCAGAGAGAUCCAGACCGCUGUGCGCCUUUUACUGCCUGGCGAACUGGCCAAGCACGCCGUGUCCGAGGGCACAAAGGCCGUCACCAAGUACACCAGCUCCAAGUAAAGCGCGCUGCUGCUGCGGCCGCCUUCAGCAACUCAACGGCUCUUUUAAGAGCCACCCACUUUCUCAUAGAAGAGCAAAUUCAUGUCUCUCUUUGUGCUGUACCCUUGUUUUAUAACAAA